AUGUCGUCCUCGCCGGCUGUCUCAAAUGUUGAACGUUUCUCGAGCUCCAGUGACAAAUCUGAGAGAAGGACCAGCGUUCCUGGACCACGCACAGGUACCCACCAUCCUGCACGUUCGACGAACCCUCCAUGGCAGCUAAGGCCACGCACACUGUCUCCAAAUCCGCUCACACUUUUCAGGACGGAAUGGAUGGAUGGAUCAGUGAGUGGGUGGGUAGAAGGAGGGAAGAGUAAGAAGCAUCAAGCUCCAAGCUUCUCCAAGCUUGUCUACCGGGCCAAUCCAGCCAUCGAAGACUCACACAGCACGGCAAGUAUCAAGCAACAGAGAAUCCAGGCCGACGUACUUCUCCAACCGAGCCAGCCCGCAGCUUCGCAAGCAUCCAGCUAUCCUAGCACAAGCAUGGCAUUCUCCAAAUCGAACCCCAAGCCUGCGGUCCAACGGCCGGCGUACCUAGCACUUCGCAACAACGCCGUCCAACUGCGAGGGAAUCACUCCUUCGACAUUCCUCCCGUCGAAAGGUAUUAG